AUGAUAGCCUUAGAAUUUGUUAAUUCAAGAGAAAAGAACAAACACACAUUUUCGCAUAAUGGCAUUCAAAUUAAACCUAUUCCGUUUUUUUUUUCAUUGCAGCUUGUACUUGCUUUAACUAUUGUGGCCACAGUUGCAGCUGGAUACGUUCCACUACAACAUCAACAGGUUUAUCAUGCUGAACCUGUUUAUCAUGCUGCUCCACUGGAACAUCAUGUUGUACCUGUAGCCCACAAGGUCUACACCAAAACUGUUGAGGAAUACGACUCACAUCCUCAGUACAAAUUCUCUUAUGGUGUGGAUGAUAAAGUAACUGGAGACUCGAAGAGUCAACAUGAGGAACGUGAUGGCGAUGUUGUACAUGGUCAAUAUUCUUUAAUCGAUGCCGAUGGUUACAAGCGUACUGUCACCUAUACAGCUGAUGACCACAAUGGUUUCAAUGCCGUAGUACAUCGUGAACCUUUGGUUAAAGUAGCUCAUGUUGCUCCCGUUGCCGUUAAGACCCAUUAUGCUCAUGUUCCCGAAGUAGCCAGUUAUCACAAUGCUGUUCCAUCUUACUAUAACCAUCAUCAUUAAAUAGGACCAAUGAAUUGUAAAUGAAUGAUAAUCACUUGCCGCAGUAUUUUGUUAUUUAAAAGAGUAUUCUUUAGAUAUAAGUUAUAGUAUAUGUGAUAUAUUGUUUUUCUAAAUAAUUGUAUGAUUUGAUAUUACACUUUUGUUGUUACUAGUUCUUAAUGAGUUCGAAUAAAAUGAAAAGCGUUCAAAAA